AUGGAACGCUUUCCCCCUACCGUUAACGAUGUUGUUAAGCUCACUCAACUUGGCUCAUUGUUAAGCGAAAGCAUCAAAGUUGUCACGGACGAAUGGUCCCGCGAACAGUACGACACGAGCCAGACCUCUGGUGUCGACAAUGCCCGCUUCCUCCCUAGCAAGCGUCUUCAUCAGGCCCAGCGUACCAUUCUGGCUGUCUCCGGAGCCCUAAACGAGAUGGUUAUAGAGCCCUUCAACCGACUCCAGGAGGUUGCCGCGCAGUUCUGGGAAUCGCGCGCCCUCGGCGUGACGGUGGAGCGACGCAUCCCGGAUAUCCUGCAUGAGGCGGGCAAUGCCGGCAUGGACGUGCAGAUUCUGGCUCAAAGAACGGGGAUUGAGCCUCACAAGCUUUGCACAGACCGGUUUGCUAACAACCGCAUCACUGCUCCGCUGGUCGGCAACGAGGAGUUUCGUGCCUAUAUUCUGAUCUUUCACAUGGACGUCUACUCGGCGUCUGAAAGGUUCCCCAAAUUCCUGCUCGGUCCUAAGGGGGCUUCGUACGAUGUCGCCGAAACGGCGUUGCAGGAAGCGCUGGGCACGCCCAAGUCGCGAUGGGACUGGCUCUCGGAGAGGGUCAGACCCGACCAGAUCACCAACGACGGUGUAGGAUACUCGGGAGUUGCGGAUCCCCAGAACUGGAGCCAUCUUCAACCCGACUUGGAUGGCUUGAUCAAGCGGCCGGAACUGGAUAACUUCGGCCUGGCGAUGGUUGGUGGAGGGAAAGUCAGCGGAGCAGCUCUUCCUUUUGAUUAUCCUUGGGACGAACUCCCUAAGGGGGCAACGGUGGUGGAUGUUGGGGGUGGCGUUGGCGGUUUUGACUUACAACUGCUCACCUCGUACCCGCAUUUUACCUGCGUGGUUCAAGACCGGGCCGAAGUCAUUCGACAGGCAGAGGAGACGUUCUGGCCGCAGAAUGGUCAACAGCUUGUGCAAUCCGGUAGCGUGACUUUCCAAACGCACGACUUCUUCCAACCCAACCCCGUCAAGAACGCCGAUGUCUACUGGCUGCGUGCAAUCUUACACGACUGGUCUGAUGAAUACUGCGUCCAGAUUCUGGUUGCCUUGAAAAAUUCCCUGUCAGACACGUCUCGUGUACUCAUCUGCGAUCAGGUCAUGAACACCACCCAUGGGUCUGACGAAAUGGACAAUGCUCCAUCGCCCUUGCCGGCCAAUUAUGGGUACUACAGUCGGUAUCACCACCAGAGAGACAUGAGUCUCAUGGGCACCAUCAAUGGGAUUGAGAGAACCCCUCAGCAGUUCCGGGAAUUGGUGGAAAAGGCGGGUCUUCGAUUGACCCGGGUAUUUGAGACGCGCAGUAUUUACAGCAUUGUGGAGGUGCAGAAGUAG